AAUUCCGAUCGGAGCCGGCGGUGGCAGUGUGGCACCGGCGCCGAGCCCGAGCGGCGGUGAGAGACAGUGCGCGCGGCGACCGGCGCCCCAGACGCGGCUCCGGCAUGGCGCAGAGCGCCGACAUGGACUUCCUGGAGCGCAAGGAGGGCAGCCAGGUGCUGCACGUGCGCGGCGACUCGGACUCGCUCAUGAACUCGCUGUUCGACUCGGUGCUCAAGAAGCAGGAGUCGAGCAUGCCGCUGACGGUGCCGCUCAGCAUGAGGAAGCUGCCCAAGUCGUUCUUCAACCCGCCGCAGCACGGCUCCAAGUCGUCGUCCAUCUCUCACAGCCGCAACUCGUCCACGGACUCGACGCACGCCGGCCCCGGCUUCGGCGCCGCCGCCGGACAGGGCAACCACAUGCGGGCGCACUCGUCUCCGGCCACUCUGCAGCAGACGUACGCGGCCGCACAGCAGCUGCAGCAGCACGCCCAUCUCAAACAGCAGAGCUACGACUUCACGGACGAGCUGGGGCCGCUGCCGCAUGGCUGGGAGCGCGCCUGCACCAGCCUCGGACAGCCCUACUUCAUCAAUCAUAUCACAAAAACUACAACGUGGGAUGAUCCGAGGAAAAAGCCGCAGCAGCAGCAGCAGCAACAACAGCAGCAGCAACCGGCGCAGCAGCAGCAGCAGCAGCAACAACAACAACAACAACAGCAGCAGCCGCCGCAGCAUGUCCAACAGCAGCAGCAGCAGCAGCAGCAGUCGAUCUUCCACCACCAGGUGUCGACGCCCACCUCCCAGCCUCAGCCGACUGUCAAUGCUCAUCAGCAACAUCAGCAGCAGCAACAGCAGCAGGAGGGCGGGCAGCUGCUGCCGCCGCCGCCGCCGCAGUCUGUGCAGCUGCAGCAGCAGCUCCAGCAGCUGGCGCUGGGUCCGGGCGGCCAGCCGAUGGGACCGCUGCCCGAGGGCUGGGAGCGCGCCGAGACAGAGGCCGGAGAGGUGUACUUCAUCAACCACCAGAAACGCACCACGUCCUGGUUCGACCCGCGGAUACCUAACCACUACCUCCGUGCGUCGACAGCUGAGCAGCUGCAGCGGCCGGCUGCGCUGCAGCUGCAGCAGACCGGCAUGUCCACCCAGGCGCUGCAGCAGCGGCAGCAGACGCUCCGGCUGCAGCGGCUGCAGGUCGAGCGAGAGCGACUCAAGAUCCGCCAGCGCAUGAUCAUGAACCAGCACUUCCCGAACAACCAGCUGAUGGGUGACAACGCGCUGCAGAGCAGGCUGGCGCAGGAUCCGAGCGGCCGGGUAGAGGACGAGGUGAACCGGGCGCGGGAGGCGCUGCUCCGCCACUCUCUCCAGGACAUCCAGGAGGCGCCGGGCGCCGGUGGCAAGUCGCCCGCCGGUCUGGAGCCGUUCCUGUCCGGCGGCGUGGCGGCCGACUACCACAGUCGACAGGAGUCGGCCGACAGCGGCGUCGGACUCAACUCCAACUACAGCCUGCCGCACACGCCCGAGGACCUGCUCUCGCCCAUGGACGACCAGAUGGACGCCGGCGACGACCCGUCGAUGGCGUCGAUGGCGCGGGACGGCGGCAGCGGAAUGGUGGAUACGCCCGACCUGGCUGGCCUCGGAGCCGACAUGGACUCGGACGACCUGAUGCCCACCAUCCAGCAGCUGGAUAGUGUCGGCCUGAUGUCGAACGAAUUUCUGAAUGACGUCACAUCGAUCAUCAACGCCAACCGCAUGGGCAACAGCCACACCUGGCUCUGAGCUUCGGCGAGCCGACCGCAGGCGGCGCCACCGGCGCGCCGCAGGACGGCGCCAGCGUCGCCUGAACGAAUCCGUGGCAGCUCAAUCGGGAAAGGACGCGCGUGCAAACUGCCGAGCCAGACCCGUGCCUUCAUUGACUAUGUGCGUUUCUUUGCGUUUGUGAGAGAGUGAGUGAGUGAGAGUGUGACAUCAUACUGCGCCACCCGCGGCGGCGCAGAACGGACGCCCCCAACCGCCGAGACAAUCGUGUGAUGACGUCAGACUGACGUCAGUGGCGGCGGCGCCGGCCGCUGACGGGACGGCCGACCGCAGUAGACUGAUGACGUCAUUGGUGCGGUACGAACUUCUCGGCUGCGUCCGGCCGACGGCGCGACGUACAAACGCGCCAGGCAGCUGGGAGAGGGAGAGCCGCGAGCGAGCGAGCGCGCCGGCCGCCGGGCGGCGGGAGACUGCGGCGCGGCACCCCGACUCGCGCCCCGUCAGCUCAACCGGUUGCCUUGUUUGCCAGUCUGUGUUGAGAGGAGGCCUUGUGGCUGCGCGGUGCGCGGCGCGAACAGUGUACUUAGAGGUGUCUGCGCGGCGUGUGCCGAGCGCAGCCCAAUCAAAAGCUGUGCUCUCAGCGUCCACCGGAGGCCUUCGUGGUGCCUUUCUGGCGCGCUCGUGGCGCGUGUUGUGCCGCCGACGGCCGCGCGCGGUGGCGCCGUCUUGCCCGGCGCAAGGCGGCGCUCACCGGCCGGCCCGUGUCUGCCCGCAGACACACCCUGUGAUGCUUCCAGUGCCCUCGCGCCUCUUGGCGGCGGAUAAGGCGGCGGCGCGCCCGUUCCUAGUGUGGUGUUCCGCGCCGACCCGGCCACCGCCGCGCCGCCGGUCCAAGAGGAGGUGCAGGGCCAGUGCACAGCACAGCACGGCUCCCCACCCGGCGACCGCCAGAGCGGCCCCGGCCCACCACCCGCGGCGAACCGUGCCGCUCCUGCCCCGCGGAUUGGCACUGGGCAUUGGGCAUUCUCUCCGCGGGCCAGGAGCAGCCGGUCGCCCGCCCCCGCCCCCGCCCCCGCCCGCGGCGCCGUGCCGCGCGCGCUCUCAAGAUGCCAUAUUUGCUAUAGACUUAUGGGUGAUGGGCUUAGCGCAGUAGAACUCUGGAUAGGUAGCUGUAGGGGCGGUGGGCCGAGCGAGUGGCUGCGACCCGCGCCCGCCGCCCCUCCCUGUGUACAGAAUGAUACCGGUGUACAGCAAUAAAAGAAAACCACAGAGGAGA